AUGUCUCGUGGCGGCGGCACCACCCUCUACGUCACCGGCUUCGGCCACGGCACCCGCGCGCGCGACCUUGCCUACGAAUUCGAACGGUAUGGGCGUCUUGUUCGCUGUGAUAUCCCAGCGCCGCGCUCCGCGUCUAGUCGCCUGUUCGCAUUUGUAGAGUACGAAAGCCGUCGUGACGCUGAUGAUGCGUACCACGAGAUGCACAACAAGCGGAUUGGGCGCGAUGACCUGCUGAAGAUUGAGUGGGCUCGGACGCCACCUUCUGCCUCCUGGCGCUUUGACUCUGGCUCUGACCGACCCGGCUCUGACCGACCCGGCUCUGACCGACGCGCACCAAGGCGGGACCGCUCUCCGCGCCGCGGUGGCCGUAGCGCCUCGCCGCCUCGCCGUGGCCGUGGUGACUACUCCCCGCGCAAGGACGACCGCCGUGAGCGCGACUAUGAUAGACGCGACCGAGACCGCUCGCGAAGCCCCGAUGACCGUGAUAGGGACAUGAAGGAUGUCCGAGACCGGGAAGAUGAUCGCGAAAACGGCACCAAUGGAGAUGAGAGGAAGCUUGAUUCCCCGCCUCCCGCGCACGAUGAGUUGGACACUGCUGAGUAA